AUUAUUAUUCCCACUGAUAGAUUCUUCGAUUUUAGAUCGCCCAUGUCGAUGUGAACAUCGCCUUUGUCGUCCGCCUCCUCCUCAGUGCUCGUUUGAUCUCGUCUGCCCUCCUCAUUGCUCCUCCACCCUUUCUCCCUUCCUCGAGCGCCGAUUUCAGAACAUCGACAUGGGUGAUUCCUACACAAUUCAGAUAAGCUCCAACCUGGUCAACAAACUCGCCAGAGAUGGAGAGGGGCGAAAGAGAAGAACCAAGAAGUCCAAACCAAAGAUACCAGAAAUUCCAAAUAAAUCUGAGAAAGAGCCAACUCCAUCUCCUGCUGCACCUAAGACUGGGCCUAGCAGUGUAUGGCCAGUCCAAACCCCCGUGUUCAUGCCUGUGCCAGACCAAACUCCAGGGUCGGCAGCACUCACGGAGCUCGAAACCAUUAGAUCAAGAAUUCAAGAAAGUGAAAAUGUGGUGAAGAAAUUGGAACAGAAGGAGCUUAACAUGACUAAGGAGCUCAAUCAAAGAGCGAAGGAGCUUCGUGAUAAAGAGUUCAAGCUGCCUUAUCAGAAAUCGAUGCCCUGUGGUGCUGAAAGAGAGGCUUGCCUGCAAUGCUAUCAGGAAAAUUUGAAGCAGCCAUUACAAUGUGCGGAGGUGGUAAGAACGUUUAAUGACUGUGCUCGCCGAGCAAGGCAACAGCAAGUUAAUGGCAAAGUUUGACGAAUAAUUUGUUUACAACUGGAAAGCUAUGUUAUGCAGUCAUAAGAGCAAGUUAGUUUGUUAUUUGCAUGGAUUACUGUCUCUUGAGCAGAUGUCGCGGUAUUUCUGAUUUUGUGUAACAAUUUUUGAAAUGCAAUCACAUGAAUGUGAGUAACAUUGGCAAGAAUAUACAUGUGAUUUUCCCUUGUAGUAGGUUCCAGAUUA